AUGAAUACUAAACUUCUAAUAUUAAUUUUACUGAAAGUGUACAACUCAUCGGGUGGCCCAUAUUUCUAUCGGGAAAGCUAUAAAAGUGAUGUAAUUUAUCAAAUUGUUACUGAUAGAUUUUUCGAUGGAAACACUCAAAAUAAUGAUCCUUCUGAAAGCCCUCAUUUGUACGAUCCAACAAAGACUGAAUGGAAACUAUAUUGGGGCGGUGACUUUGCAGGAAUUGAACGAAAGCUAAUGUAUCUGAGAGACUUGGGCAUAACAGCUCUUUGGAUAUCGCCACCAAUCGAUAAUACAAAUGUAAUGGUCAGCUACGUCGGUAUACCAAAUGGCGCUUAUCAUGGUUAUUGGGCUCGAGACUUUCAACGACCUGAAGAACAUUUUGGAACUUGGGCAGAAUUUGAUUCAUUAGUAGCAGCCGCACAUCGCGUAGGAAUGAAAAUUGUGCUCGACUGGGCACCGAAUCACACUAGCCCAGCUGAUCCAUUAGAUCCAUCAUUUGCUGAAAUGGGAGCUAUAUAUAAUAACGGUGACUACGUUGCAGAUUAUGUAAAUGAUACUCAUAGGUGGUUUCAUCAUAAUGGUGGUAUAGAAGAUUGGGACGAUGCAUAUGAGAGUCAAUAUUUGAAUAUAGCUGAUCUGGCUGACUUUGAUCACUCGAAUGCGCUGGUAAAUGAUUAUAUGAGAGAGUCAUUAUUGACGUGGAUUAAACAUGGCAUUGAUGGAAUAAGAGUUGAUGCUAUUAAGCACAUGACCCGUGGAUGGCAAACUGCCAUGGCUGAUCAAGUAAAUUCACUGAUGCCCAUGUUUAUGUUCGGUGAAUGGUAUUUGCAAGAUUUUAAGAACCCACUCUAUACAGAUGCUAUUCGAUUUUCGAAUGAAUCUGGCAUUUCUCAAUUAGAUUUUCUGCUGAACAGAAGUCUUCGAGACACAUUCAUCUUCAAUCACACUUUUCAAGAGCUUGAAGAUGCACUGCGCCUAACAGAAACUGACUACGCGUAUGAGCACAAUCUUGUUACUUUUAUCGACAACCAUGAUAUGCCACGUUUUCUAACAGAAAAUAAUCAAACAUCUCUGCUACAUCUUGCUUUGGCCUUUCUCUUUACAGUACGCGGAACACCAUGUGUCUACUACGGUCUUGAACAGUAUUUACACAACGAUACGAGUGGAGGCUCCGAUCCUUGGAAUCGACCAAUGAUGAAAAGUUUUGACACUACAACAACGGCAUUUAGACUGAUCAAAAUACUAUCAGCAUUGAAGCAAGGGCAUCCUGCACUACAAUUUGGUCAACAUCAACUGAUUUCGUUGGAUCACGAGAUGUAUGUUUACGAACGAACAUUCGGCACUUCGGUGGUUCUUGUUGCUAUUAAUAAAUCUGAUAAAACCCAUCAACUCACCGAACUACAGACACAAUUACCUAAAGGAGUUUAUGACGAUCAACUUUACGGAUUACUAAAGGGAUAUAGGAUUGAUGUGGAUUCAAAUCGGAAAAUAAGUAUUAAUUUACCGCCUGGCUCAGCUUCUAUAUGGUCCUAUAUUGAGCAAGAAUCUGCCUUUCCAAUUAUAGGCAGUGUAGCACCCGUUCAGUUUCGUUCUGGUAACAGAGUUGCGAUUGAUGGAAGUGGAUUCGGAAAUAGACAAGGAACAGUCAGUUUCGGUCAUACACCGAGUUUAAUAGAGACAUGGUCAAACAAUCGUGUUUUGGUUACCGUGCCAAAUAUAACUGCUGGUCAUACUGAUGUAACAGUUACUCUUUCAAAUGGUAGUAAAAGUAACAGCUACUCGGUACGGGUACUCUCUGGCCCUCAGAUACCUGUGACGUUUAUUUACAACAAUAUACCAGUAAACAACGAUUCCCACAAUCGAGUCUAUCUUAGUGGAAAUGUAUUUGAACUCGGAAACUGGUCCAGUGAUCCCAAAGUCGUUCAAGGUCCCAUGUUUCUAUCUCAAAAUGGUACACAAUGGUUUUUUACCGUUAGUCUACCAGCUUCAACAAACAUUCAGUUUAAAUAUUUUGUUAUAAAUAACAAUAUAAUAACCUGGGAACAAGGCACUAAUCGUACUUAUACUGUGCCAGCGAAUGGAGUAGGAAAAGUCGUUGUGGAAAGGUUUAUUAUAUAA